UCAAUUCAAUUCCAUUUCAUACCAACUCUUGUCACACAUACAAAUAUACAACCCCCUUUAUCUCUUCCUCUCUAUUUGCAAAUUGUAACUUCUCAUUAUUAUCCUUUUUGUAAAAAUGUUGCUCAACUUCAAGAACACAAAAAUCAUCACAAUAUUGAUCUUCAUUUUCAUUGUAUCUCAUCUCACAAUUGAAGCUAAAUCAAACUCAUGGGUUGGUUCAAAAUACCAAGUUGAAUGCACAAUGUGUGCUGCUUGUGAUAACCCAUGCAACCAACCAAUUUACUCUCCACCACCACCACCACCAAAACUCACACCACCACCAUCUCCCAUCUGUCCACCACCACCGUCACCUCCCACCUCCGGCGGUAACGGUGGCUCCGGAAACUAUUAUCCACCACCAUCAACUUCCCAAGGUCCUUACUACACCUACCCACCACCAUCAUCACCACCUUCAAAUAAUAACAACAAUUACCCUACCCCACAACCACCUAACCCCAUUAUGCCAUACUUUCCUUACUACUAUUACAGCCCUCCACCACCAACACUCUCCACCGCCGCCGUGUCACUUCCCGGGCCCACCACCAUUUUAGUGUUACUCAACUUCAUUUUCUUUAUCUUUUUCUUUUAAAGUUAUAGAAAAGUAAAGAAUAAAGUGUCAAGAGUUGAUAGAUCUACAAAAAGAUUGAACAAGAUUUGAAAUUGAUGAAAUCCCAGAAAUACCCAUCAAGGGAUUGUUGAUUUAUGAUGAAAUUCAUGAUCACGCUCACUCCAAGAUGAUGAUGAGGAUGGCUUAAAGUGGAAAAUUAGAAAGUACUUUUGCAGUGAAGUAAUCUGUAAAUUCUUGACAGUUUGUCUUCUUCUUUUUUGUAAUUUUACUGUCUAUUUGGUUUUAAAUAGUGCUACAUUAAUGUUUAAUAAUAUUAACAAUUUUUCUCAAUAUAAACAAUAGUAUUAACAAUUUUUCUCAAUUA